CCUUUUUUUUUCUCUCUCUAUACUUUCUCUCUCUUCCCUCUCUCUCUCUCUCCUCUCCUCUCUAUAUUUCCUGGUUUACCGAAGACUGAGUUGGUUUCCGGCAUUGACUGGCCUUCAAAGCACCCUACUCCGGACGCAUGCACACUCACAGAUCGGAAAAACGCUCUGUUCUGAUUACAACAACCUUUGUAUUACAUGCUCCUCAUGCUAGGUGGAGAUUGUUUAGGUGAGAAAUGUGUUUGGGGGUUUUGGUAGGGUAGGUUCAGACAAUGGAUGGGGAUUGGAGUGAACAAGGGUUUACUGAGAAACCGGGAAUUCGGCGAUUCGCCGCAGAAUUUUGGUCCUGAGGGUUAGACUUGGUUUUACAGAAGAUUAUAAGUAGGAGAAAACGAAGUGGGGUUUUUUUUUAGGGGGGGUUUCGUUGGUUGGAUCGAAUAAAGGAUGAAUUUUGGGAGGGGGUUUCCAAUUCCACCUGAAAAUGAUAUCCAGAUUAGGGGUUCUUGGAUGCCUGUGACACCAGAUAAGCCCAUUCUUCAGAGAUCAAAUUCGAUCCCGGUUGAGAGGCAAGGGAAUCGGGUUGAAAGAGGAGAUUGGCAGGAAUUGGUUGGAAUGUAUGAAGGGGUUUUACAGGAGAAGACGAAUUACAAUGAGGGAGUUCCAAAUUUCAAAUCCAUAGAACAAAUGGGUGCGAAUGGAAAUUAUUGUAAUCGAGUUGCUGCUCCUGCGUCCGAGAGGGGAAGCUUCAAUCACAAUGUUGGUUCCUACACUCAGAACUUUAGAAAUGACAGUGCAGCUUGGAAUAAUGAUCCUUCGGCAGAACUACUGGCAACCAACAAUAUAGCAUCCGUGGCUUCUACAAAUAGAAGUCCAAACAGCAGUGUCCAUGUUGCAAACGGACCUUCGUUUUGGAAUUCAUGUUCUCAAGUUGACAGCAAUUGGACCGAGUCCUCCUCUACUAGUUCGUUGCGUACAAAUCAAGUUCAAGCCUGUGGUCCAAACCAGUGGACCAGUACCGAGUCUAACAGCUUAAUGCAGCUGCUUAUGGGUGAAGGAUUUGAUGUCCCUUGCCAACGCAACUAUAAUUUAAAUUCACCACCUAGAUCAGAAGCUGAUGCAGCGUCGAGCGUAACCAAUUCCUUCCAAUUUGCUCCAGAAACACCAGAUCAGGUGAAGCAGUUUGAAAGCUACCGUCUUUCUGAGAGACUGAAUUUCUCAGUCGAUGAAAGCUCAAGUCAAGAAAAAGAUAAACAGGAGAAUAUAUUCACAUCUAUCGGAAGUGAAGCCAUUGAGAACCACUCUGACAAUCUCUUACAAAUCAUUGUGGACUCAUCAUCUGCUGCUAUUUCUACACCAUUGAAGGAAAAGAACAGUUCUGACCAAGGAGGUGACCAGGGCAUUGACCUGAAUGAGACACCCCAGCAGAAAGCACCAAAGAGAAGAAAGCACAGACCGAAGGUAGUUGUGGAAGGAAAACCCAAAAGGACUCCUAAGAUGACAACUCCAAGGAAUAAUAAUUCCAAGGAGAAUCCGUCAGGAAAGAGGAAGUAUGUGCGCAAGAAUGGCCCCAAUGCCCCAGCAACUCAGUUGCCAGAUGUUACUAAUGAAGUGACAGUUCCUAAUGUUGGGUCUGAAGGAAAAUCAUGCAGGAGAGCUUUGAAUUUUGACGAGGAAAACGGAACAAGGGAUGAAGGGCAGGAAAAAGGAACUAGUCACCAGGCAGAAAUGCAACAAGUGAAUAAUAAUUCCAAGGAGAAUCCGUCGGGAAAGAGGAAGUAUGUGCGCAAGAAUGGCCCCAAGGUCCCAGCAACUCAGUUGCCAGAUGUUACUAAUGAAGUGACAGUUCCUAAUGUUGGGUCUGAAGGAAAAUCAUGCAGGAGAGCUUUGAAUUUUGACGAGGAAAUCGGAACAAGGGACGAAGGGCAGGAAAAAGCAACUAGUCACCAGGCAGAAAUGCAACAAGUGAAUAAUAAUUCCAAGGAGAACCCGUCAGGAAAGAGGAAGUAUGUGCGCAAGAAUAGCCUCAAGGCCCCAGCAACUCAGUCGCCAGAUGUUACUACUGAAAUGACAGUUCCUAAUGUUUUGUCGGAAGGAAAAUCAUGCAAGAAAGUUUCGAAUUUUGAAGUUCAGGAAACUAGCCACCAGGCAGGAAUGCAACAAGAGAAUAGGGCUGCUUUCGAUCUGAAUUUGGAUUCUCAAGCCACUGACUUAAUGAACAGCAGAUCCCAAACAAAAUUAACCAUGCAGAUGCAGCAGCAGAAUGGAUAUGUAAUGGAGAACCAGCAAGCAGGAAUUGCAUGUAACCUUAACCAUUCCAUGAAUCAAAUGCCGGCUGGAUCUAUAUCAUUGCAAGCAAGUUGUGCCCCUGCAGCCCCAUCUGCUGCAACUCCAGAACAUGCUUUAAAUGUUCUUGCAAGAAGUUUAAGCAUGAAAAAUUUUACUGUGUACCAAAACGGUGGCAAAAAUGGUUACAGUCAGGUGCAUCACAUCCAUGGAAAGGAAUUGAGCGAGGGUGUCAUUCAAGCAAAUACUACUUGCAAAGACCUUGAGAGAAACAGACAGCUUAUGUGGCGGAAUAGCCCUCAAAUGGCAGCGCUCGAUGUGGCAAAUGCUGAUGAAAAAAGGGGAUCCAAGAGAGAAUAUUGUCAUACUGCUGAGCAGACACAUUCCUAUACUAAAAUUUUGACAGGUUUUCCAUUGUUUUGCAAGGAGCCUUACCUGAUUGAUAAUAAUAACAGCAACGGCAGCAAUUUUGGCACAGGUUUCCCAGAGACUAACAAGAAAAAGAGGAGUGAGAAUGGGUAUCAUGCAACUAGAUCCAGCACACCUUGUAUUACAGCAGUUGAAGAUUGUUCAAGGCAAGUGGCUGCAAGCAGAAAUGGCACAUGCACCAACAGUUUGACAUCAAAAAACAGUAGAAUAUUGGAUUCUUACAUUGAAAAAACGAAAACCACUAAGAAGCUGAACAAUUGGGUCAACGGUACUGCUUGUGACUGGUACACUAGCUCCAUGACCGCUGAGGAUAAUUUCCAGAAGCAACUUUCAUCUGAACUACAUUCACACACAGAAGGGACGGCAGAGAAAAGAUCCUACAGUUCCACUCGGGACCAUGACCUCACCUCCCAGACUGCAGUGACUAACUGGAACCUGCUGUCUUCAAAUCCUUCCAAAAAAGCCCCUGCAUCUGAUCAUAUGCGGGUAAGUGGAGCUUUACAUGCUAAUAUGUCAGCAAAGAAGCACGUUGUGGGAGCAACUUCAUCCAAAUUAGAGUCUUCCACUGCACAUGAACUGCUUCUGCAAGAGAACAAGGAUUGCUUUCAUGGUAAUUGUCAAUUCACCAUGACAACAAGAGGCCCACAAGAAAAGCGAAAAUACCGCCUAAUUACAAUUGAUGAAAUCAUAUACCAACUGGAAGGUCUAUGUAUCAACGGAAGGAGCAACAUAUUAGUUGGUCAAGAGCAAAAGGCACUUGUUCCAUACAAAAGUGAUGGCACAAUUGUUCCAUAUGAAGGAUUGGAUCCUAUCAAAAAACGAAAGCCACGGCCUAAAGUGGACCUUGACCCGGAGACAAAUAGAAUCUGGAAACUCUUGAUGGGGAAGGAAGGAAGUGAAGGAGUUGAAGCAGAAAACAAGGAAAAGUGGUGGGAAGAAGAAAGGGAAGUGUUCCGUGGACGAGCGGACUCAUUCAUUGCGCGCAUGCAUCUUGUUCAAGGAGAUAGGCGCUUCUCACAGUGGAAAGGAUCAGUCGUCGAUUCAGUAAUAGGAGUCUUCCUCACUCAGAAUGUUUCAGACCAUCUUUCAAGCUCUGCUUUCAUGUCUCUAGCAGCAAAAUUCCCCCCUCAGGUGACAACAACCAACGAAACAAGCUAUGAAAGUGGGACAAGCAUUUUGGCUGAUGUAGCAAAGGGUGGAAUGCGAGACACCAGAGGCACCAUUAGUUAUCCUGAAAAGAUAGCAGGGCAACCAUAUCACAACCAAAGCUCCGUGACAUCCUGUGAAUCAUCACAGUACAGAACAGACAAUCUUACCACAGGAACAAGUUUAGCAAAUGAGCUGAACGGGAGAGCUGAAUUCAUUUCAUCACAGCAUUCUUUUGUCUCUCUUCUUCAAGCCAAUAGAGAAAUCAGAUUCAAUUUGGGUUCCAACUCAGAAGUAGAAGAUCAAACUACGGGGUUCAAAUCCAGCAAUGCUCGUGGUUCUACCCCGGUAAAUCCUCUACAUAUCAAGAACUCCGCCAGAUUCGAGCACUACUACAGCGAUGGAGUUGGGAGCUCUUUUUUAAAUGGUAGCUCCAAGCAGUGGAAUGAACAAUCAGGGGAUACAGAAUAUAACAAGCAAAUUCCAAGAUUGUACAAAGUUAAUGACCUGAGAGGCUCUUCUGUCUUUACUCACCCGACCAAAUCUGGCAUUCCCAAUAUGAAAGGACCAUUUGUUCCGUCCAGUAAUUUUCAGUUGCACAUGAUGCCAGAUUCAAGAGUAUUUGAUGUAGAUUAUUUUAGAGUUCUGGAUGAACAAGGCACGUCUUCUUUUCCUUCCACUGCUUCUGGAAUUAUUAAGGCAAAAGGUGGAGACUAUAUGAGCAAAAGGAUUGGACAUAUGGCAGAAAGUACAUAUACUGUCCAACAGAAUGGAGAACCGAGGAUUCAAGCAGCUGCAACAGCUGCAUUUCAAAACAAAUACCCCAUGCACCAAGAGAGAUACUCAGAACAGGCACCUCACACUGCCAUCAACACUCAGCAGCAAGAGAGAUUCAGAGAUUUUCAACUGGAAAGCACAUCGGUUAAAGAACCUAUAAAGCCAGCAGAAGCACUUUCUGAAAAGCAAACUGGUAUCAGGCAACAAGUUUCUGAUCCUAGGUUCACAGCACAAACCUUUGGUUUGGAAGAGAGGAUGUCUAUAGCAAAUAAGCAGAAACACUUGGAGAAUAAAGCAGUUGAGGCAGACACAAGAGAGCAAGUUGAUUCUUCUAGUGAGGCAUUUAGUGGGACAAGUACCAAUAUCUCGAACAUGAAAAAGGGUAAGGCUGAGGGUGACAAGAGGAAACUAUUUGACUGGGAUAGCUUGAGAAAAGAUGUGCAACCUAAUGGUAGAAGAAAAGAGAGAAGCAAGGACUCAAUGGACUCGCUGGACUAUGAAGCAGUACGACGUGCUGACGUUAGUGAGAUUUCUAAUGCUAUCAAGGAACGAGGAAUGAACAACAUGCUAGCAGAGCGAAUCAAGGAUUUUCUUGAUCGACUGGUUAGCGAACAUGGAAGCAUUGACCUUGAAUGGUUGAGGGAUGUUCCCCCAGACAAAGCAAAGGAUUUUCUUUUAAGCAUACGAGGAUUGGGGUUAAAAAGCGUGGAGUGUGUACGCCUACUAACACUUCAUCAUCUAGCUUUCCCAGUCGACACAAAUGUUGGACGAAUUGCUGUAAGAUUGGGAUGGGUCCCUCUCCAACCACUGCCUGAAUCACUUCAAUUGCAUCUCUUGGAACUGUACCCAGUGCUUGAGUCAAUUCAGAAAUAUCUUUGGCCCAGACUGUGCAAGCUAGAUCAGCGAACAUUGUACGAACUACACUACCAGAUGAUUACAUUUGGAAAGGUUUUCUGCACAAAAAAUAAACCAAAUUGCAAUGCAUGUCCAAUGAGAGGAGAGUGUAGACACUUCGCGAGUGCUUUUGCAAGUGCAAGGCUUGCCCUCCCAGGGCCGGAAGAGAAAAAUAUAGUUAGUUCGAAUAUUCCCAUGCCAGCUGAAAAAUACCCUGCUGUGACAGUCAAGCCCAUGCCUCUACCUCCAGCCGAGAACAAUGCAUCCAAAGCAGCAGGAUUCAUCACCAACAAGUGUGAACCAAUUGUUGAGGAACCAACAACACCAGAACCAGAAUCCAGAGAAGUAUCAGAAAGUGACAUUGAGGAUGCAUUUUACGAGGAUCCUGAUGAAAUUCCCACUAUUAGACUUAACCUCGAAGAGUUUACACUGAAUCUACACAACUAUAUGCAAGAAAACAACAUGGAACUUCAAGAAGGUGAUAUGUCCAAAGCUUUAGUUGCUUUGAAUCCAGAAGCUGCUUCUAUCCCUACACCAAAACUGAAGAAUGUGAGUCGUUUACGGACGGAGCACCAAGUGUAUGAACUUCCAGAUUCACACCCUCUCCUGAAAGGGGUGGACAGUCGCGAACCUGAUGAUCCAAGCCCGUACCUUCUCGCUAUAUGGACUCCAGGUGAAACUGCAGAUUCAACCCAACCACCUGAAAGGUGUGGAUCGCAAGAGUCAGGGAAUCUGUGCAACGAGGAAACGUGUUUUUCAUGCAAUAGUAUAAGAGAAACAAAUUCACAGACAGUCAGAGGGACAAUACUGAUACCAUGUAGAACAGCAAUGAGAGGGAGUUUUCCACUCAAUGGCACAUACUUCCAAGUGAAUGAGGUGUUUGCCGAUCAUGAAUCUAGUCUUAAUCCAAUUAAUGUCCCAAGGUCGUGGAUAUGGAACUUGCCAAGACGGAUGGUGUACUUCGGAACAUCUGUUUCAACAAUUUUUAAAGGCCUGUCAACUGAGGGAAUUCAAUACUGCUUCUGGAGAGGAUUUGUUUGCGUGAGGGGAUUUGACCAGAAAUCUAGGGCACCUAGACCGCUCAUGGCCAGAUUGCAUUUUCCAGCAAGUAAGCUUGCCAAGGCAAGAAACGAAGGUAAAAAGUAGGCCAUGCACAGUGAGGAUUACUGCUGGUUUAAGGCACUGACCAAGAUCUGUCAGCACCGAGAGAAUUAGAAAGGGGUUGCAGAAAUGAAUACAGAUCAACGACUAACAUAUUGUUGUACAUCCAAUUGUACCUCCUCUAACAUGAGAAGCAUUCACAUGUAAUUCAGGCGGCAGAAAGAAAUUUUCAAGUUAGUUCAUGAAAUCCCCAGAUAACUGGGCCUUAGUCUGUACAUGAUUCACAUCAUAAUUAUUCCCAUUCAUGCUCAAAA